UUGUCGACCACAUUCGUUCUCUCUCCCUCACCCAACCCUCUUCUGCAUGCUGACGCGCCUUGGAAAAAUACAGGAGAGAUGAUUUGGAAGGUAGACAGGAUUCGGUGCCGUGCGUGCUUAGUGUAGGCUGAGAAGGGCAUUGCAGUUGUUGCCCAUCUUUAUCGAUAAUGUCGCCAAGAAGCAAGGGUUCCUCCCGGAUGCGUCGCCUCACCUUCCAGAGGUUCCAAGGAGGAACAUUUUUCAUGCGGAAUUGAUGGAUACCAUAGGGCGACACCGUGAUGUACAUGGCCGGAUGCACAAUUACUCGUUCUGGGGGAUCCGUAGGGUGGCCGUGCUAAAGGGCGGAACGUCUAAGACUCUUUGCGACUUGAGACUCAAACGGCAACACCAUGGUAGAAAUCGCAUCCAUUACUGCCCUUAUCCAAAAGUCUCGCACAGUCAUCAAGUAUCUCAAGGAUGUACAAGACGCGCCUAAAGAACGCAACGAGCUCAUGAGGGAGCUACGGCAUAUGGAGAUCCACCUGUCUACCGUGAAAAUAAUCACGUCGCUAUCGACCGCAGGCGACCCGUGGCUGAUGAUAUUACAGCAAUUGAACGACCCUUUCAAAGAGCUUAGUGGAUUACUUGCUGGAAUCGAGAAGGAUCUGAAGGUUACCUCGCUGUGGUGGAAAAGGGUGGCGCCGAGGCUCCAGUGGUCAUUUGCUGAAGAGAGAGCGCAAGAGGAUUUGAGGAAGGUUGAGGAUAUCGGGUCGUUGGUCAUGGAUGUCGUUGGCCAGCACGAGGCCCUCGCAUUCUCUCUCAAUGUUCAGCAAAAGCUAUGCGACCUUGAGGGCAAAGUAGACGCUAUUCGAGAUGUUGCUAUGAGUAGACAGAGGGACAAAAAAGCCGAGGUAGCCGCUUGGCUCAGUCCUCUGGACUACAGUUCCAUUCAACGCGGCAAGCUGAAACAACAUGUUGCGGGUACCGGACAAUGGUUCCUCGAGGCACUCCAGUUUACGAGUUGGCUUGAUGGUACCGCAAAGUCCUCCACUUUGUGGUGUCCUGGCGAUCCCGGCACCGGAAAGACAGUCCUCGCCUCCGUUGUUGUCGCUCAUUUGUGCGAACGGACCGAGUUUUCCAAAGAAUACAUCCCCGUCCUUCGUGUCUUCAGGGACUACCAAACCUCGGACGCCAAGACCGUGCCCGAUAUAAUUCGUUCCCUGCUAAAGCAGUUGAUAUACACACAGAACGAGCUCUCUUCCACUCUUGAAUCCAUGCACACCAGGAGCCUCAAAGGUGCAAUGGAUCCUUCCCUCGGUGAACUCAUGGAGGUUCUUUCUCUCCAUCUGGAAGGCUAUCCUUACGUGUAUAUCAUCUUUGACGCCUUCGAUGAAUUCGUUGACAAUCAGAAAGAGUUAGUUUCCGCUUUGAAGUCAUUCGGGAACAGAGUCCGUCUCCUCGUCACUUCGAGAAACAAACCAGCCAUCCAACGGCUGUUUCAGGAAGAUGAAGAGUUGCCUAUUCGAGCAGACGACGGCGACAUCCGGAAAUUGGUGAUGAGUAGGCUUCGUGAUAAUGACCGUCUCCGUAUUUUCGUUAGGGACUGCGACGCCCUGCGCCAGAACAUACUCGCUAUGGUCGUGGAGAAGGCCCAGGGCAUGUUUCUCCUAGCAGACGCGCAUCUGAGUUUAUUCGCCCAUAGCGAGGAUCGUGGCGACCUCAUUGAGAAGCUCCAGAAGCUUCCAGAAGCCAUCGCAAGCACGUAUGCGCAUUUGUUGGAAAGGGCCGAACAUCAGACCGAGACCGAGAAGACCCUCGCCUAUAAAAUAUUCGGCUUGGUCGCCUUUUCCCAGCGGCCCCUAACGAUCCCGGAACUACAGUAUGCAUUGGCCGUGCAAGUAGGAACGAAGAAGCUUAACCGCCAUAAAAUCCUCGAUUUCGACCUUAUCUCAAGUGCUUGUGUCGGGCUUGUCGUCGUUGAUGGCGAAGAGUAUGUCAGGUUCGCACACCCUACCUUCCGCGAGUACAUUCUCUCUCAGCAAGCCGGAAAAUUUGCAGGCAUCCACGAACAUAUCACACGCCUGUGUCUAACCUACAUGUCAUUCGACGUAUUUCGCUCUCCAAACGUCCUCCUCUCUGAUAUCUCCGCAAAGUAUCCCUUCCUCAAGUACGCGUCAAAUCACUGGGCGGUUCAUGCUAGGAAAUGCGCUCGGGGAUCCGUGGAAGAAGAGAUCCUCACCUUCCUAGAGACUCGUACACAAAUCGCUCUGUCAUUCGAACAACCACCAGACUCGGAACCUGAAAUACCACGCACUCUUGCUUGGUUUGCUGCUCAUCAUGGCUUGGUCCAUGUCAUGCAGAUCCUAUUGGAUCGAGGGGUUGAUCCGCAGCACGAAAACACCUUGUGUGUCGCCGCACACGCAGGGCAGAUCAGCGUAGUGAAACUAUUACUGUCGCGAGAUGACGUGGACAUGAACCAGGCGAACAAAGUCACAUGUCUUCGCCACUAUCAAAAUGGUAUUGAAGUCAAGGAUGCUCAUCCCACGUUUUGCACACCCCUUGUUGCGGCGGCUUCGAAUGGACACGAACGAACUGUCAAGAUGCUUCUCAAGUCCCGACGCAUGGCGUCAUUGAACUUCUUGCCUCCCGAUGGACCCACGGCGCUAUCAGCAGCCGUUCUUGGUAACCACGUCGGAGUGGUUAAGCUCUUGCUUCGUCAGCCUGGCAUCGACACCUCUAUCCGGAUCCUAGAUGAGACUCCGCUUAUGCUUGCCAAAAGGAUGGGCCGAGACGAUGUUGUGAAGAUGUUUCUCGAGCGGGGAGAUGGCGAUGAAUGGUCUGUAGUGUAUCUCGGAUCCAGGUUUGCCGAUUAUCUCUUUUCUCCGAUCUUCACUAAUCUAUAGCGUCAAGGAUAUCGAACAUGAGUCGUUCAAAUCUCCACAUUGCAGAGUAUCGUUCCUGAAAUUCAAGAGCAGAUUCG